CUUGGAGCUGCCGAGGCGCCCCAGCCACCCAUUUCCGCUGCUCCUGUGCCCCGUGGCUGGGGCCGCUCUGAGCUGUCGGGAGCCCUGGCCAUGGGGCAUCCCGGGCCUUCCGCAGUGUGAGGUGCGGGGCCUCCCGCGGGCUCCCCUGACAGGCUGAGGGCGGGCAGGCGGGAGGCGUCGUUUCGGUCGCGGCCGCCGCCGCCGGCCUUGGCAUCAUGAACAUAGACGUGGAGUUCCACAUUCGGCACAACUACCCCUGGAGCAAGUUGCCGGCCAACGUGAGACAGAGUCUUGGAAACUCACAGAGAGAAUAUGAAAAGCAGGUUGUCCUGUACAGUAUCCGCAAUCAGUUACGAUACAGAAAUAACUUAGUCAAACAUGUCAAGAAAGAUGAACGCAAAUACUAUGAGGAACUACUGAAGUACAGUAGGGAUCAUCUCAUGCUGUAUCCUUACCAUUUAUCAGAUAUUAUUGUGAAGGGCCUGAGGAUAACACCAUUUUCAUAUUAUACUGGGAUUAUGGAGGACAUUAUGAACAGUGAGAAAAGUUAUGAUUCACUGCCCAAUUUUACUGCUGCUGACUGUCUAAGGCUUCUUGGCAUAGGAAGAAACCAGUAUAUUGAUCUUAUGAAUCAGUGUAGAUCAUCAAAAAAAUUUUUCAGAAGGAAAACAGCCCGUGAUCUUCUACCAAUAAAGCCAGUGGAAAUUGCCAUAGAAGCGUGGUGGGUGGUGCAGGCUGGAUAUAUCACAGAAGAUGACAUCAAGAUAUGCUCUUUGCCUGAGAAAUGCGCUAUUGAUAAGAUCAUCGAUUCAGGCCCUCAACUCUCUGGAUCACUAGAUUACAAUGUAGUACAUAGUUUAUAUAACAAAGGAUUUAUUUAUCUAGAUGUACCAAUAUCUGACGACAGUUGUAUAGCAGUUCCUCCUCUUGAAGGUUUUGUAAUGAAUCGAGUGCAAGGAGAUUAUUUUGAAACUCUACUCUAUAAGAUAUUUGUUUCAAUAGAUGAGCACACUAAUGUUGCAGAGCUUGCAAAUGUCCUUGAGAUAGACUUAUCCCUGGUUAAGAAUGCUGUUUCAAUGUAUUGCCGAUUGGGCUUUGCCCAUAAGAAGGGACAAGUAAUAAAUUUGGAUCAACUUCACUCAUCAUGGAAGAAUGUUCCAUCUGUAAACAGAUUAAAGAGUACUUUAGAUCCACAAAAGAUGCUCUUGUCAUGGGAUGGUGGAGAAAGUAGGAGUCCUGUGCAGGAAGCUUCGUCAGCCACUGACACUGAUACAAACAGUCAAGAAGACCCAGCGGACACAGCCAGUAUAAGCAGUUUGAAUUUGUCUACAGGAUAUACAAAGCGUAUUGCAUUCCUAUUUGACUCAACACUUACUGCCUUUUUAAUGAUGGGAAAUCUUUCACCAAACUUGAAAAGUCAUGCAGUCACAAUGUUUGAAGUAGGCAAACUCUCAGAUGAAUCUCUGGACAGCUUUCUUGUAGAACUAGAAAAGGUUCAGAGCACUGGUGAAGGAGAAGCACAGAGAUAUUUUGAUCAUGCACUUACUCUGAGAAACACAAUACUGUUUUUGCGUCAUAAUAAAGAUCUUGUUGCGCAAACUGCACAGCCAGACCAACCCAGUUAUGGUUUUCCUCUGGAUCUCUUACGCUGUGAAAGCCUUCUUGGUUUGGACCCUGCAACAUGCAGCCGAGUUCUAAACAAGAAUUACACGCUGCUUGUUUCCAUGGCUCCUCUCACCAAUGAGAUCCGGCCGGUCAGCAGCUGCACCCCUCAGCAUAUUGGACCAGCUAUCCCAGAAGUUAGUUCUGUCUGGUUUAAAUUGUACAUUUACCAUAUCACUGGGCAAGGACCACCAUCUCUCUUACUAUCCAAAGGUACAAGACUUCGAAAACUGCCAGAUAUAUUUCAGGGUUAUGAUCGAUUACUAAUAACAUCUUGGGGUCAUGAUCCUGGGGUAGUUCCUACAUCAAAUGUGCUCACAAUGUUGAAUGAUGCUUUAACACAUUCUGCGGUUUUAAUUCAGGGACAUGGUUUGCAUGGAAUAGGAGAAACUGUUCAUAUACCAUUUCCAUUUGAUGAAACAGAACUACAAGGAGAGUUUACUCGUGCCAAUAUGGGUCUUCAUAAAGCAUUACAAAUAUUGAGGAAUAAAGUGGACUUGCAGCAUUUCUGUGGAUAUGUCACCAUGUUGAAUGCUUCUAGCCAACUUGCAAAUAGAAAACUCAGUGAUGCUUCUGAUGAAAGAGGAGAACCUGACUUAGCUUCUGGGUCGGAUGUAAAUGGGAGUACUGAGUCAUUUGAAAUGGUCAUUGAGGAAGCAACUAUAGAUUUGACAGCAAAGCAAAACUCUGGUGCCACAACAGAAGCAGAUUGGGUUCCCCUCGAGCUGUGCUUUGGAAUUCCACUGUUUAGUUCUGAACUAAACCGGAAAGUCUGUAGGAAAAUUGCAACACAUGGCCUUUGCAGAAAAGAAAGCCUUCAAAACCUCUUACAUUCCAGUAGAAAACUCUCUCUACAAGUCCUUAACUUUGUACACUCGUUCCAGGAAGGUGCUUCAACACUGGAUAUUCACACAGAGCCCAGUUUUUCAAGUUUUCUUUCGCAGUCAUCCUAUACUGACAUGGGAGUUCCACUUCCUGCAAAAAACUUAAUAUUUAAAGAUGGUAUCUUGUCAGAAUGGAGUGGACGGUUGCCUUCCUCACUUCUUAUUGCUAAUCUCCAUCUGCAAUAAUUUGGCUGCACCAUUUGUUGCUCACACUUUCUGCCUUUUUUUCUUUCUUAACGUUAAUAGUGUCAGCCACUAAAAAGCAUCCUGCUGCUGUGGUGCAAUUGUUGCUUAAUUGAUAUUAAAAGUUUGGGGAACAUGUUCAUGUUUUCUGAAGUUUUGCUCAUCAUUGCACAUCUCAUUGCAACAAAGUGCUUUUUAGCAGCCAGCACUGUAGUUUUUACUUUGAGACAAUCUGCAUUUCUUUUAUAAAACUAAGGGUAUACUUUAUAGGCUUUAUGAUGACUGUUAUGUUUGUAAGCAGUCACUAUGGAUAUCGCAAUGGUAAUUUUAUAUGUUACUUUAUCAGACAUGAAUGUUGUUUAAUUUUAUAUUUUGUUAGCUAUACUUGGGAUCAAGGGAAGAGAUGGAGCUCUCCCUCUGAAAAGGCUUCUUGGCUCUUAAAGUAGUAAAACCAUAAAACAAUAAACAUCCAGUAUUGAGAGAUGAUAUUAUGGGGCAUUAAAAAUUCCUGUGGGUGUCUGUAAAUUAUGUAUAUCAUUCGAAUAUUGUUGAAGGUUUAUAAAUCAGCAUAGUUAUGUAAAACUUAAUAUUGAUUUAUAAAGUCUUAACUCAGACUAUGAUUCUUCAUUGUCAUCUCGUGAGAAGCUUUGGAAAGCAUUCAGUUUUUAAACCAUGUUUAUACUCAUCUGUAGACUUCUGUUGUCACUUACUUUGGGCUUUAUAUUUUCAUAGAGUCUUUAUGGGAAAAUAGAAUUUAUUUUCCACUCUUGCAGCUGUGUCUGCUGCACAUUCUCACCCUGAUUUAGUUUUUGUUUUGUAGCUUUACGAAUGAUUUGUUUUGGAAAUUGAAUUUGAUGUUUUCAAACCAAGGACUGUGAUUUUACAUUAGAAUUACACAUUAGAAGCAUUCAGGCUAUGUCUUCAGAUCAGAACACUUUAAUGAUAAACCUACUUUGAAGACAUAUUCCUAAGCAAUCUGGACCUUACUUUUAGAGGAAAUGAUGAAAAAUUGAAUAAUAUCAAAGUGUUUCUUAAGUCAUUGAUUCUUUUAGUAUCUCAAAUGUUAAUUAGAAUAAUUGGAAUAACUUUUUAGACUUUUCAAAUUACCUUUCUUGGGAAGUUUGUGCAGUGUUUAGUUCUUCUUAUGGGGUAAUGGUUUGUUAGUUAAAAACUGUAACUAAACUAACUGGUCAAACAACAUAUGUCUAAAAAACACUUACGGCUUUAGAAAAUUUGGGAAUGUUAUAACCUAAACAUUUUUGCUGGUAAUUUUUAUUUAUAGAACUAAUAUUUGUGUACUUAACAUACUUCUGGAAGUAUAUGCCUUUCUUAAAAUGGUUAAUAUAACCAAGCAUUCAGUUUCAUGGCCUAGCUAUAGAAUUGAAUAUUUUAGACCGGGUUACCUUUGGCACAGUCAGUGCUGUGUUUGGGGUAAAUGCAGUAACGUUUAGUUUUCUACUUUGUCUUGUAUAAAGUAGAAACCAUGUGUAUGUUAUGUUUGUCUAUAAAAGGAAAAAUAUAUACUAAUAUUAAAUAAUUUCUUAUGACUGUGAAUUACUCAUUUAUUUUUCCAAUAACUGAUAUUGUACAUUCCUAGUGCUAUUAGGUAUGUAUGUAUGUAUGUAACUUUUACAGUUUUUCAACUGAAAGUUGUAUUUCAUUUGAUCAGGGCUCUUUAAUCUCAUUUUAAUUAGCUUUGUUUGAAUUAACUGUAGCUGUUUUAUUUAUUCCUGUAUUAACAAUCUAAGCUAACUGUAAUGCCAUGCACACUAAUAAAGAAUUGAACAUUUGUAGUUGUUGGCAGUGAACCCAACUGGUGAGUUUAAAGCUUAAAAUAUGGGAGUGAUUUGCUGCUACAUCUUCGAGAGAGAUAAUGCAGAAGUAGAACCUAAUAAUGAUCAUGAAUUUUAUGGAAAGUACUGAAAAAAUAUGGGGUCAACUACAGUUUCUCAUGUUGAAUGAGGAAAGAGUAGUCAUGUGAUUCCCAGCUGAAGACCUCUCAUACUCUUGAGGGAGAAUCUGCAUUUUUUGAGCUGUUAGCAGAAUGUGAAAUGCUGAUGUUUGUGCUUUGCUUUAUGAAUUUGGCUUUGUUUCAUUCGUACAUUAACUCAUGUAAAGAUGCAGCUCUUAAAUCUUACAAGUGUUGAUCUAAUUCAACAAAAAGGUAAAUUUAAAACAUAGACUUUGAUAUUUGCCAAAGAAGGUUCAUGAAACAUUUUUAUUCAAUUUCUUUGCGAAUGUUUAAAGUUAUUUCAUUUGGCUUUGUGCCACUUCCUCUCCUUUCUUCCCCUACUCCCUUAAUGUAGCAUAAACCAUGGCAAACAUUCUUUAGAAACCAGGAAAAAAAAGAACAAAUAUCUAAAAGGACAUGAAAGUUAGUAUGUAUGGUACAAUUUCACCUCUCAAAUGGGUCUAAAGAAAUGUAACUUUAUAUCAUUAAAAAAAGAUGACCAUCUGAUUUCCUUCUUCCUUUUUUAAAAUAUGUAAUCAGAUGACUUUGUAUUUGUUUUUUUGAGGAAUAUUGAUUUCUUUUACUUGAUGUGUUCUGUUUUCUUUGCCAUUCAUAUAUUUCAAAUACAAUUUAUAUUUAAAGAUUUUAAAGUACCAAAACUGUAACUGAGUACAGUGGAUUGUUUUC